AGAGUUAUUAUAUGCCAUAAAUUAAUUUUUUUUCGUAUGAUGUCAUUGAUGUCCCACUCUGUGAACUGAAGAAUUUUAAUUUAUCCAAGGGUCUAGUAAAAUGUUUCUUAUCAUAUCUUAAUGUCAUAUAUGGAAUUGAAGGUCAGUUUUCUGUAGACCGGUAUGGUGUAAUAAAGAUUACUAUGCAUGGAGCUGCCGUGAUAAGUUUUGACAGCACAUUGCAAAGGUUCUGCGGAGCUGACGAAGUAGGAGUUGGAAGUUUGAGUUUCGUGUUGUUGCUAAAUUACUUACAAUGAAUUCGGAAGUCACAGAAAUUAAAAUCCCUAUGCCUUGGGGCUAUGUAAGUGGAAAAUGGUGGGGUCCAAGGGAGAAGCAACCUAUACUUGCAUUGCAUGGGUGGCAGGACAAUGCUGGUACCUUUGACAAGCUAAUUCCUCUGUUCCCUGCUGACAUUGCUGUUCUGUGUAUUGACCUCCCUGGUCAUGGCUUGUCAUCUCAUUAUCCUAAAGGUCAACAAUAUUACAUAUUCUGGGAUGGUCUUGUCAUUGUGCGGCGUGUGGUGAAGCAUUUUCAAUGGGAACAUAUUUCCAUCAUUGGCCAUUCUCUGGGUGGUGCUAUAGGUUUUCUGUAUGCUUCAGUAUUCCCAGAUGACAUAAAAAAACUUGUGUCAAUAGACAUUGUGAGUCCAGCUGUGAGAGAGCCGUCUAGAAUAGUGCACGAACUGGGGCAAGGAAUUGACAGAUUCCUUAAGUAUGAAACCCUGACGCCAGAGGAUGCACCUUGUUAUACAUAUGAUGAAAUGAUUGAUAUAGUGCAGAGUGCUUAUAAAGACUCACUGACACGAGAGUCUUGUGAAGUGCUAAUGAAAAGAGGUAUGAAUCCUGUGACAAAAUCAAAUUGUGAUUCAACCAAAGAAGGGUACCUCUUUAGCAGAGAUGUCCGGCUGAAAGUUGCUGGUUUGGGUCUCAUAUCAGCAGACUUAGUUUUUGAGUUAGCAGAAAGGAUAAAAUGUGAGUACUUAAAUAUAAGAGCAAAACCAGGCCUUAAGUUUGAUAAACCUGAACAUUAUCAUGAUGUCCUUGAGAAAAUUAAAAAGACUGCAAAAAGAUUUGAAUUUUACGAGAUUGAAGGAACCCAUCAUUUGCACUUGAAUGCACCUGAAAGUGUCAGUACACAUAUUGUUAACUUUUUAACGUCAUAACUAGAAUAUUGUUCUAGCUAACAGUUAAAUGAAUAAUUUGCAAAAUGCAUCUUGACUGUUGAAGUGCUGAUAAAGGAGUAGUGAGAUUAAUUUGUUCCACAUUUGUUUAUAAAUCUACAUGUGUGUUUACAUAACAUUUUUCAUAGUAGUAACACUCUGCUUGUUUGCACAAUACAGCAUUUCUAUAAUUCCUCAAACUCCAAAUACAAGUAAUUGGAUUUUGAAUAAUUUUGAACCACAUAACAUUUCUUGAGCACUGCUUCUUAACCCUGUAACGAAUGUCCUGGAGCCUUACCAGUAACAAGUGAGACCAAGGAAUAAGAUGGAUAUGACACACACAUUAUGUUGAAUUUUGCAAAACCUUCCACAACUGAAGAUUAUGUGCCCAUUUCUUUGGAGUAUUCUUCCUUGUUGUCAGCAACACACAUGAAAUACUCUUGUAAGAGUAAUGCGAGGGAGAGGGGGAAGGGAGGUGGGUGCUGCAUACUGGUAAAUCAUUCCCUUACUGACAAAAACUUAUAUCCUUAUCACCUUCUCCCCAAACAAAAUAAUUUUCUUUUCUAAAUGUUGGGAAAUUUGUUAAUUUUGUGGCAAGUUCUUUUGAACAUAAUUUAGAAUCAUUUCUCCAAUUGUAGAGAGGCAGAGAAACUCUUGGCUUAUCUCUGUAUGCACAAUCUUUUGUUACAGUCAGUAGACACUCCAUUGAAUUGGUAUAUACAUACAUUCACACAUAGAUAAUCUAAGGGCUAAGGCCUUGUCAGUGCAACCACUCAUUUCUGUCAUUGGCUGUUUGUUUCAGUUCCAUUUUAUUGUGACAGCCUAUCCUUAUCUCAGUGUCUUCCAAGUACUUUUUUCUAGGCAUCCUCUUCCUUUCUUUUCCAGUAAUUCCCCUUCAAGAAUUUUAAUGACAAAAGUGUUGUGUGAUCACGUGUCCAGUAAGUGUUCUUCUCUUUUCCAUUUCCUUUAGUAAUUUUCUGUCUUUGUUGAUUUUCCUUAAGGCUUCCAGGUUGUUUUCCUUUCCAUCCAGCUAAUUUUUGUCAUUUUCUGCUAUAAUUAAGUUUCAAUAGCUUGCAAUUCAUUCCCUUUCCACCCAACCCAAAGUCUACCCUUCUGAACACUUAAUAAUUUUGUAGAGGAUUUUCUGACAUCUUUACUCAUACGUUUGCUAGUGAAAAUGUUUUUCUUUGUCAUAAAUUUCUGUUUUGCCUCUGCAAUCUUUCACUUCCAUUAAGUCUCUAUCGUCCUUGUGAUUAUACUCCAGAGAUAACAAAAUUAUUUCACCUGAUCAAUUUUGACAUAACCAGUUUUUUAUAUUCGUUUUAAUUUACUCCAUAUUUUUCUGUACUACUAUUACUUUAUUUUUGUAAAGACACUAUCCUAUGAACUUCACAUUUUAUUUUACGUAAUGUUACUCAUUAUCAUCUCAGAGUGCCACAGCAAGCCUACUGAUACUAGUUUCCCUGCUAAUGGAUAUUCAAAUAUAAUCCCCCAACAUAUUUAAUAAAUGAAA